AUCAUGAAAUAUAGCCCAAAUUGAAUUAUGAAGGGCCACUUAAUGUAGAAGAGUGGUUAGAAAUUUCGUAACCUCAAAAAAAAGAAAAAAUACAGUAAAGUGCACAGUUCAAUGUUUCUCCUCGCACCAAAAAAAAUACGAACGCUACAUGUAUAAAUCAUACAGCCACUUUACGCGCUGCGCCACACACUACCUCGGGAACUUGGACGCGUUCUCCCAUUCAAAAUUCAAUUAAUAUGACGCGACGAGGCUGAAGACGUUAUACGUACAUUGCCCACAUUGCAUGUACCACUGGAUAGAAUCCCGAGACUCCUUAAUCAACGUAAAGGAGUGGCGGUAGAUAUUUGAACGACUAAUCGAUUUCUAUUUUUUAUUUUUAUUGUUUUAUUUAACGUACGGCGAUUAAAUGAUAUCGUCUUCUGACUAAUGGCGACCAUCAAAGCCAUCGAGGCACGAACUAUUCAUCAAAUUCAAUCUGGUCAAGUUAUUGUUGAUCUAUGCUCUGUGGUCAAGGAGCUAGUAGAGAAUAGCUUGGAUGCUGGAGCCACAAACAUCGAAGUUCGUUUCAAGAAUCAAGGCCUAGAUUCUAUCGAAGUUCAGGAUAAUGGUUCAGGCAUAUCCAAACAGAACUACGAGACAUUAGCUCUAAAACACUAUACCUCUAAACUAUCCACAUACGCAGAUCUUUCCUCCCUUCAAACCUUUGGCUUUCGCGGAGAGGCUCUAUCGUCCCUCUGUGCCCUAUCCAAAUUCACUGUGACAACCUGCCUGGCAUCGGACGCCCCAAAAGGAUCCAAGUUGGAGUUCGAAACCUCGGGGAAGCUUCGUAGCACGAGCAUAGUAGCCGCCCAGAAAGGUACUACAGUAACUGUCGAGGGAAUUUUCCACAAUCUACCUGUUCGUCGUCGCGAACUGGAGCGAAAUAUUAAACGAGAGUGGAACAAAGUCAUCGGCGUUCUCAACCAAUAUGCCUGCAUCCAGACUGGACUGAAAUUCUCCGUGUCUCAACAGCCGAAUAAAGGCAAGCGGAUAGUAUUGUUUUCCACCAAGGGAAACCAGACAACUCGAGAAAAUAUUGUGAAUGUGUUCGGAUCCAAAACUCUAGCCGUCCUUAUUCCCUUGGACUUAAAGCUCCAGUUGGAACUUACUAGCGCACCAGGCCAGAAAUGGAGUACGCAGGGCAACAACAAUAACGUACACGAAAUCCAUAUCAAGGGCCAUGUAUCUCGCCCUGCCCAUGGAGAAGGGCGGCAGACCCCGGACAGGCAGAUGUUCUUUGUGAACGGCCGCCCCUGUGGCCUACCACAAUUCACCAAAAUAUUUAAUGAGGUGUAUAAAUCCUACAAUGCUUCCCAGUCUCCCUUUAUUUUCGCUGAUAUCCAACUGGAUACUCAUCUCUAUGACGUUAAUGUUAGUCCGGAUAAGCGCACAAUCCUCUUGCAUGAUCAAACUAGGAUGCUCGACAGUCUUAGAGAGUCUCUCACUGCCCUAUUUGAAUCGCAAGAUUAUGCAUUGCCAACGUCUCAACUAGCUGGCUCAACCCCGACACCUUUUAAGAAGUCUUCCAUAAAUAGACAAAAUACUCCCUUAUCUGAGAUUGGGUUAAAGCGUUCUAUUUCGAUUGAGAACGAACCCCGGCGAAUAUCUAUAUCUAUGAAUACGGAUGACAUAGGGGAUCAGGAUAAAGACGAAGAUGAUGAAUCUACGAGCGAUUCGGUACGAAGAAGCUUAAGCUUGACGAGACCCCUAGCUCGUAAUAGCCAGGAUCUUGACCCGACGAGUCAAGGAGCAGAGCCGAAAUCAGAUGUUUGCGCCAAUAUUUCUUCGGCCACAGUCAAAACCUCAGAAGGUGGUGGAAAAGUAGCUUCAGAGUCGAAGGGGCACAUUUUUUCUAAAUUUGCAACGGAUUAUACAGAUGACAUCAACGAGAACGAGAACGAGAACAAUGUCGACGGCCAACUAUCACCUUCUGCAUCCUCGGAAGAAAGUACUGGUGAAGAAACAGAUUUCCGCGCGCGUUUAGCCGAAUUAAAAAAUGUCAAGGCAAGUAGACGUGAUAGUAUUCCAUCACCAAGCACUCAGGAGAUAAUUGAGCCACCGAUACCAGCAGUAUCAACCUCAUCUCGUGUAUCAGACAUUAAAAUGAGUAGAGUUAGCUCCUCUUCAGCUGUAAAGCGGUCAGCGCCAGAGGUGGCUACAAUCACAGUUGGCAACCAUACUGUUACUAGCAUUAUUGGUUCUCCUUCGAAAAAGCAACGAACAGGAAAUGACAAGGCCCGCGAACCAUCGACGAGGCAACGAAGUUCUAAAGGGACAACCCAAAUGCCUUCGUUCAACGGACGCUUAACGCAAAUGUUUGCGGCUCAUUCGCAAGCAAAGAAGACUGAAUUAGUACAUACCACCCCAGAAGGAGCAGACCUUUCGGAUGAUUCCGAUGGUUCUAGCGAGCAGCUAUUUGUCGAAGACGAUGACGAAGACGAUGAACAAAACGACCAAGAUGAAGAGCCAGCCCUGAGCGAAGUAGCCGCAGAGAGCAUUGAGGAGCAAGACCGUGAACUAGAUAGCCAGUCCCCUGAGCCCGAAAAUGUGCAAAUCCAUCCACAAAGCGACAUGCCACCAUCCUUAAGUCCUUCUAUAGAAGGUGAGAAACCAGGCGAGCAGGUUGAGGAUACAAGAGAGGAAGUUGAUUUAGAAGCUACUGUUGCUGCCACUCACGACCCAAAGUCUGCCGUUUCCGAAGAGACCCAGAAACGCACACAAAGCUUCAUAAAGGGCGGAGCCAAGAAGAAAGAUUCAACUGUCUCCCUCUUACAGACGCUACGUACAGAUGAGAAGCAUAUACGAAAGAAUUUAGCAAUGCAGCAAGAAUACCUUAAGAAUGUAUCCUUAACAACGGGAUCUAAGCCGGCCGCGGAAAGACUCGACGCCGAGGACGCAGAGGAAAAGUUGUCUCUGACGAUCUCGAAAGCUGACUUUGGCAAGAUGAAGAUCAUUGGACAGUUCAAUCUAGGCUUCAUCUUAGCAAUUCGGGAGGCCAAAGCGAGCCCCGAAGAUACGGAGGAUACCAAGGAAAAUCGGGAUAGGGACGACGAGCUUUUCAUUAUCGAUCAGCAUGCAACAGACGAAAAGUAUAAUUUCGAGCGGCUGCAGGCCAGUACUGUCGUGCAAUCACAGAGGCUGGUCCUGCCCAAGGCGUUAGAGCUCACGGCUCUUGAGGAGGAAGUGAUCAGAGAGAAUCUCGAAGCACUAGAGGCGAACGGCUUCAUCGUAGCUAUGGACGAGAGCGGCGAUCAGCCCGUGGGAUCGCGCUGCCAGCUCCUCAGCCUACCUCUCAGUCGGGAGACGACGUUCUCGCUUGCCGACCUCGAGGAGCUGAUCUCGAUGUUGACGGACCACCAGUCCUCGUCGGCGAGCUCCAUCCCGCGCCCCUCCAAGGUCCGCAAGAUGUUCGCCAUGCGCGCCUGCCGCAGCAGCGUCAUGAUCGGCAAGUCGCUUACCAUCAGGCAGAUGGAGAAACUGGUCCGCCACAUGGGCGAGCUCGACAAGCCCUGGAAUUGCCCGCACGGACGCCCGACGAUGCGGCAUCUGUGCGGCCUCGGCGCGUGGACCGAAAUGGCGUGGAAAGAGGGCGACGGGUUGGACGGCGAGAGGACACCGAAAGUUAAUUGGGGCGCGUAUGUUAGGGAGAAGAAUGAGCUAUAGUUCGUACGUAUUACUGUUCUAGUUUUGGGGGGGUCUUAGAAGGAGGUAGUCUUGGUAGUUUGCAUGUAUUCUGCAUUGUAAGGGGCGUAUGGCAAUAGUCUCCUAGGUAGCUAGCUUUUAUGGAUAUACCCUUGUUAAUGACUAACAUAGCAAAUCCAUCUUCCUAAGAAUGUAUGUUCGCUAUCUGCUUCACUAGCUUAGU